CUGGAGAAUCAAUUGUUAAAUAUUUACCAGCAUCCUACUGGUUGUAUGGAAUUCUAAAUUGGAAAUUUAAGGAAAUUAAGACUUAGAAAUUCAUCACUUUUCUAAGGCACUCAGCAGUUUGGCAGCCAAGCUGCUGUCGUCUUCUAACUACCAGGCUACUGCUACCUGCACUGUGUAUCCCAGAUAGGCUGGGAGAUAAAUGUUGGAACCUGGGUCUAUGGACAAGGAUUAAGAAAGAACAUGGACUCAUUAGGAACCCCACCAUCCUAGAAUCUGGGUGGUCAAAACUUGUGACCCCUGCCACAAACACUCAGCCCACCCAAUGAGUGGGUUGGCUAAAUUCUGACAGGUCAUUCAGAGGCAUAGUGUGGCUUCUUGAAACUGCUGAGUCCUGCUGAUGCCCGAGGAUUGAGCUCUGGAUUUUAUGUGUGGCUUCCACAAGCCUAUGGCUGAUCCCAGGUCAAUGGCCCAGAGGUGGUAAAACCACAUCUAGCAAGUGUAGAGGACUGGUGUGAGGGAAGCUCUGUUCCCAGUAAUAUGAUUAAUUCAUCACUAUGAAUUAAUCAUAGUCAUUCAUUUCAACCCAAGGGAGAUUUUCAAGCCCCUCCUUCUUCCUGAUCACAAAUCAAUGUUAGAUUGGAAGGAAGAGAAGGUAAGUCAAAUUCUUACCCAUGCCUGGGUAUCGGGACUGGCUGAGCUGAAACAAAGACUCUGUUAAUGCAAACAACACCUUCACCCUCUCUCUCCUCCCAGUUUCCCCAAGAAGGGAAGCAUCAAAAGGAACACUUGUGAAGCAAGGGGAGAAUGACACUGGUUCCAUCUGACAGGGCCAGCUCAAACUUCCCAGGCCAAGGCUAACCCAGUCACCCUUCCUUCUCUUGCUCUCUGGAACUGCUCCUGGUCCAUUUUAUUUUCUAUUUGACCUAAGUUGCCACCUGACCUGGCCUGCCCUGCCUCUUAUACUCCCUGGCACCAUUUGUGCCUGACAAUAAGGAAGCCUAUGUAUCGGGACCCAACCUUUCACCUGAAAGAGUGCCAGCACACCUCAAAACCCACCCAGACACAUGAGACUGAAACUGAGCUAGUACCACAGAGCAGCGAUAAAACGCUCUACUGUGAGGCCGAACCCCCGCCAACUGUAGAAAAAGUGAAACCAGCCCAGGAGAAUUCGGAAACAGACCUGGAGAUUGAAGAUGAGAAAUUUUUCACCACUGGACCAAAGGAGCUGUACCUGGAGGCCUGCAAACUGGUGGGUGUAGUGCCUGUCUCCUACUUCAUUCGGAACAUGGAGGAGUCCUACGUGAACCUCAACCACCACGGCCUGGGCCCCAGGGGUACCAAGGCUAUUGCUAUAGCCCUGGUGUCCAACACGGCUGUUACCAAACUGGAGCUGGAAGACAACUGCAUCAUGGAGGAGGGCGUCUUGAGCCUGGUGGAGAUGCUACAAGAGAACUACUACCUCCAGGAGAUGAAUAUUUCCAACAAUCACCUUGGUUUGGAGGGGGCCAGAAUCAUCUCAGAUUUCUUCGAGAGAAAUAGUUCUUCCAUCUGGAACCUUGAGCUUUCAGGAAAUGACUUCAAGGAAGAAUCCGCAGCACCGCUCUGCCAAGCCCUGUCGACCAAUUACCGAAUUAAGAAGCUGGAUCUCAGUCACAACCAAUUCUCUGAUAUAGGAGGGGAGCAACUGGGCCAGAUGCUGGCCAUCAAUGUGGGGCUCACGUCACUGGAUCUGAGCUGGAAUAACUUCCACACAAGGGGAGCUGUGGCCUUGUGCAACGGUCUCCGGGGUAAUGUGACCCUGACAAAGCUGGAUCUCUCCAUGAAUGGCCUUGGGAAUGAGGGGGCUGUGGCCCUAGGGGAGGUCCUCCGACUCAACAGCUGCCUGGUCUACCUGGAUGUCGGCGGCAAUGACAUCGGCAAUGAAGGGGCCUCCAAAAUCAGCAAAGGACUGGAAUCCAAUGAAAGCCUCAGAGUUCUGAAGCUUUUCCUGAAUCCCAUAAGUAUGGAUGGGGCUAUUUUACUUAUCCUGGCUAUCAAGAGGAACCCCAAAUCCAGGAUGGAAGAGCUUGAUAUUUCCAACGUGCUGGUGUCCGAGCAGUUCAUGAAAACGUUGGACGGAGUGUAUGCCGUUCACCCGCAGCUGGAUGUGGUGUUCAAGGCAGUACAAGGCCUCUCUGCCAAGAAAACCAUCUUUUUGUUGACAAACCCCAUGAAACUGAUCCAGAACUAUGCAGACCAGCACAAAAUCACGGUCAUGGACUUCUUCAAGAGCUUGAACCCUACCAGGACAAUGAAGAUGUCUGUGGACGAGUUCCAGAAAGUGAUGACAGAGCAAACCAAGGUCCCUCUGAACCAGUACCAGAUCAAGGAGGUGAUAAAAAAGCUCGAUGAGAAGACAGGCAUGGUGAACUUCAGUUUCCUGAACACAAUGAAGCCAUAGCAAUAAGUCUGGUCUGGAAAGAAGUCUCGGCGAGAGGAGUCCUGGCAAGUUGGAUGGUGGCAGGAAGGAGAGCAAGAGGUGGCAGAAAUCUCGAUGGACAGAUGCUGUGGCCAGGGCUGGGCACAAGCAAAUAAAGUCUGGCUUGGUUCUGGGCAUCCUGGGCUGCUGGUGGUGUGCCCGUCACCAUGGGGGCCACCUUCUGCUUUUAGUGACCACCAGGGGACAUGUCAAUGCAGCCUCGUUAGGAGCUGCACAGACAAAUUGGGAAGUGAUGGGGUUGCUAGGCAGCAAGGAAAGAGCCUCAGAGAGCAAGUCAGAGCAUGAAGGUAAUCGUCAUAGUGAUUAGAAAUGGAGUCCAGGGGAGACCUCCAUGGUGGGAGGCAGUGGCAGGGCGAACAGAUGCUGAGGGAAUGAGGGCAGGGGUCUUUAAGAAGCAAACAAAUGCUGUGGGGUCACAAGGAGGGAGCCAGGACAGGAGAUCAAGAGAGCGGGCAUCCCAUCCUGGCCACAUGACCUUGGAGUCCCAGUGGCUCCCCUUGAAAAUGGAGCAGCUCAAAUAAAGCCUUCCCAGUCCGUUCUAGGAGUCUAUCAUUCUGCAUUUCGCCUUUAAAUUCCUUGAGAAACUGGGGAGACAGGAAGAGCUUAGUGAAGGAAGAAAAGGAAUAGCCAAGAACAGCAUUCACUGGUUAAGUGGGUGGAACAGGCACCUUUGGGAGUUUUGAUUGAUCUUACCAGACACCAUUGUAGAUUAGCAAGGCAGGAACUUUCUUGUGCCCCUCUGCAGCCCCAUGUAGUGCUUGGCACAUAGUAGAUACUCAAUAAACACCUGUGAAAUGAACAAGCACAUUCACCUGGUGAUUGUUUGGGGUAAGUGGUGAAAUGUAGGGAAAGUGUAGGGGGCGAGGGAGGCUGAUAUUUGGUAACCCACGCUUUGGCGCACCAGCGAAGGGUCUAGGAACCAAGUCACUAUCCCUUGUGUUUCACUUGGCUUCACCCAGGGUAGAAGUGAACACCGAGACCCGUCCGCACAUGCAGCAGAAUCAUUAUUGGAAAUAAUUUAUGUCCCACUCAUGUGCUGUAUUUCUGCCCUUUCUCUUCCUUAUUCAAGUCUUAGCCAUUGUGAGGUUUAGGGCCAGGAUAGAAGUUUCUAGCAAGACUCAUCCCUCCCUAGUGCACAUUUUUGCCAGCCUAAGCUCACUGGGGAGAACAGAACUGAGGAGAAGAGUGAGAAGGGUGGGCCACAGCAGCCCUCAGAGGAGCUUCCCCAGCACUGCUGGGAGGAGAGGGAGGCCUUCAAGUCUGGCAGGACCUCAGAACAAGUAGCUGAGCUAUGCCCUGGAGGCUGACUCUUGGUCUGAGCUCCCAACCUGGCAGAGCUCCCCUGCCCCAAACAUAGCAUGAGGGCAGCAGCGCAGCAGCUCUGCAGGGACCCCCUGAGCUGGGACCAAAGACCCCCAGCAAUAAUCAGUGUGGACUGGUGACCAAUAGGUAGAGGGCGUCUCCUGACAAGUGAGCACCAUGGAGGCUCAGUGGCACCACCUUGAGCAUGUUCCUGAAAUGGAAUUUCCAUCAACUGGGUGGAUUAGGAGCUCAGAGUCCAAAUGAGGACAAUGAAGGGAAUAUAAAGAAAUGUAAAGGCCGUGUUCAGUGACUCACACCUGUAAUC